CUCGCCUCAUUAAUAUUUAGAGACGUACAACUUUUGGAUCAGUUGCUGUUUCAGCCUGCUGCGGAUAUGCCAUCGUCACUGCAAUUGCGAAGGGAUUAAGAAUGAGUAGACUGAACGUGGGUUGGAGCUGAACGUGGAGUCGCCUCAUCUAAAAAAAUUUAAUAUCUAUUAGAUAAAAUUUGUCUGUUGCAGUUUUAUCGGCCAAUUCUUUCAAUGUCCUAUUGAAAUCUGUUCGCCAAAACAAUGGGACAUCCUCCUCUUGAGUUCAGUGACUGCUAUCUGGACAGUCCAGAAUUUAGGGAAACACUCAAAUGUUAUGAAGUAGAGUUGGAGAGAACGAGCAAAUUCCUCAAAGAUGUUAUAAAAGAUGGCAACAGUGUAAUCAAUGCAAUCAAGGGCUAUUCAUUGGCAGUACAGAAGUUCUCACAGACACUUAGUGUGUUCCAGUUCGAUUUCAUUGGUGACUCUCUGACAGAUGACGAGAUUAACAUUGCUCAGUCUUUCCAAGAGUUUGCCGGUCUUCUCCAGGAAGUGGAACAUGACAGGAUGAUGAUGGUUCAGAAUGCUUCUGAUCUGCUUAUUAAGCCAUUAGAGAAGUUCCGGAAGGAGCAAAUAGGAUUAACAAAAGAGAGGAGGAAGAAGUUUGAAAAAGAGAGUGAAAAAUACUACUCUCAGUUGGAUAAACACCUGAAUCUUUCUGCCAAGAAGAAAGAGAGUCAUCUUCAAGAGGCUGAUGAACUUCUGGACAAAGAGCAAGUGAACUUUUAUGAGUCAUCAGUGGAAUAUGUCUAUCAGAUCCAUCAGGUGCAGGACAGGAAGAAGUUUGACGUGGUGGAGCCUGUCUUAGUAUUUCUUCACAGCAUUCUAACACUCAAUAACCUGACUGUAGAGAUGACUCAGGACUUCAUGCCUUACAAACAGGAGCUACAGCUCAGCUUGCAAAAUACAAGGAACCACUAUGAGAGCACACGGGAGGAGAUGGAGGAGCUGAUGAAGAGAAUGAAACAGCCAUCCCAGAUUUGUAAAAUGCACCAUCUGCCAACAAUGGAGGGAUACCUCUACAGUCAAGAGAAGUGGGCUUUGGGUGUGUCAUGGGUAAAGUACUACUGCAAGUACCACAAAGAAAGCAGACUGUUGGUUAUGGUUCCUUGUGAACAGAAACCUACAACUAAACAGGGUCCUACAGAACUGACACUUAAAUCCUGCAUCCGCCGGAAGACAGAAUCUAUAGACAAGCGCUUCUGCUUCGACUUUGAGGCUAAUGAGAGAAACACACCUGUCACGUUCCAGGCUCUUUCAGAGGGAAACAGGAAGUUGUGGAUGGAAGCUAUGGAUGGAAAAGAGCCUAUUUAUCAUUCACCAAUCCACAAGCAAGCUGAAAUGGAGCUGAAUGAAGUUGGAUUCAAGUUUGUGCGAAAGUGCAUCAACUAUGUUGAAACAAAAGGACUCACACAAGAGGGAGUGUACAGAACAGUUGGCAGCAAUAUCCAAGUGCAAAAGCUUUUGAAUGCCUUCUUUGAUUCUACAUGCCCGGGGGAUGUGGAUUUCCUUAGCAGUGACUGGGACAUUAAAACCAUCACAAGUGCCAUGAAGUUUUAUCUCAGGAGUCUCUCAGAACCUCUGAUGACCUACAGUCUACACAGACACCUCAUGGUAGCCGCAAAGUCAGAUAAUCUUGACGACCGACUAAGUGAGAUUCAUUCACUUAUUUACAAAUUACCAGAGAAGAAUCGAGAGAUGCUAGAGAUGCUUAUUCAACACCUGGUCAAUGUUUGCAGCCACAGCCAGGAAAACCUGAUGACCCCGUCAAACAUGGGAGUAAUCUUUGGACCCACAUUGAUGAGAGCAAAGGAGGAGACUGUGGCUGCCAUGCUGGACAUUAAAUUUCAGAAUAUUGUUAUUGAAAUUCUGAUUGAGGACUACAAAAAGAUCUUCAGUAGCAUGCCAGAGGACAGCGCUGCACCACCUAUCCCUCCUCCACGGAUCACCCCAAGAAAACGGCAACCUAUCACAAUUUCAAAGCGGCCAGCUCGUGUCUACCAAGCUUUUAAUUAUGACCAGUUUCAAAAUGCAGAGAAUGGACAAAAUGGAAGCUCUCUACAGAGCCCCAGAGCACAGGAUGGCGAUGUGGAUGGGGUUAUAUCUCCAGCCCCCAUACCCCAGCAGCGGACCAAACCCACUAGCUAUGCUCCAUUGAUUCCAAGAGAACCUCCUCCAAGGCAAGGUCUUCCACCUAAGCCUGCAUUUCGUCAGGACAGAAAUUUCGACAGUGACAUUAACAAACUGGUUGCAAAGAUAGAAGAUGCAAAUCAGAGGCCAGAUACAACUUCAGCGCCAAAUGGAGUCACUGUGACCAGAGCAGCAUCUUUCCAGAGCAGGAGACCACCUCUCGCAGGAGAUUGUGAUGGUGUGAACAAAAUGAGGUCUCCAGAGAAACAUGCGAUUUGUAGACCCCCAGUCAGACCUCCAGAUCCCCCUUCCAGACCUCCGGCAGUCCACAAGGGUCCAGGUGCAACAAGCAGUGACAACAGCCCUGCCUCGUAUGUUGCCUCCAAAACGAAGUUUUUUGAGAAUGCUUCAAAAAAAGUUGGCAGUACACCAGUUACCCCAUCAGCAUCAGCUAUGAUGAAUGUAAAAAAGGAGAAUUCGAGUUGAGGACACUCCAUGAGGUUCCAGGACCAGUGUAUUACCUUGAGGCCUGUUUUGGGACCAAGCCAAACAGCCAGUAAAAACUAGAUGGAGUCACCAUUAAUGAACUCAGUACACCUGUUCUCAGUGAAUAUUGAUCAUCUCAGAGACCCAUUUGCUUCUUUUGGACUUUUUUUUUCUCCAAUUAAACAAGUAGGAAGUGUUCAUUGUCAAGCAAACACUUUUGCUCUUGGGUAAGCUUUCAAGAUAGUUUUUAAUCAUUUCCAUAAUUGGCACUUGGAUGUUGCAACAGAAUCUAUAUUUACGUAGAUGCUCAGUGAUUUUACUUUGUUGAUGAAAUAGACAGUGAAUUACCCUGAGCCGUUCAUAUUGCUCUGUGGGAACUAACUACUGCAUGAAUCUGAACUGUUUAUGAAGCUUGUUUUGAUCUUCUAUUUACUUCACAGUCAUGUCACCCCAGAGAGUGUUCCACAUCCUUGUCUUUUUUAUGUGCGUUUGUUGAAUGUACACCCACAGUUACACGCUACUUGACAUGUGUUUUUACCAAAUUAGAUGCUCUAAAGUAAACUAUUUGAUGAGCUCUGAUUAACAUAAUCAUUUUAGUCACAGCUAACUCAAAUGUGGAAAGAGUUAAUGCAAUUGGUUAACAGGUUUGUUUCUAGAUGCCACCAGACCAUAAAAUGGGCUGGAAACAAAAAUGUUGGGUGUUGUCUCAGCGAACUUGGUUAUUAGAACCAAACUGGUUUAGAAGAAGCGAGGUCGAGCCCCGGGGUAGUCCAACCUCAAGGGUCGUCCCAGGUCGUCCUCUGUGUGGAGUUUGCAUGUUCUCCCUGUGUCUGCGUGGGUUUCCUCCGGGUGCUCCAGUUUCCUCCCACAGUCCAAAGACAUGUAGGUCAGGUUAAUCGGCAGUACUAAAUUGUCCCUAGGUGUGAAUGUGUGUGUGUGUGUGUGUGUGUGUGUGGGCGUGGGCCCUGUGAUGGCCUGGCAGCCUGUCCAGGGUGUCUCCCCACCUGCCGCCUAAUGACUGCUGGGGUAGGCUCCAGCAUCCCCGUGACCCUGAAAGCAGGAUAAGCGGGUUGGAUAAUGGAUGGAUGGUUUAGUAGAAUUUGGCAAAAUUAUUUGUAAAAAAUGAUAAUCAUAAUGCCGAUACAGUACUAGUCAAAAGUUUGGACACACCUGCUCAAAGUAGGGUUUUUCUUUAUUUUUGCUAAAUUUCAUGUAAGUACUAAAUGAAACAACUUGUUGAGAUGGGGGGCAUUUCAAAAUGUAUAUAUUUUUUAAAAUUUAAGAUGGUUUUGGAAAGAAAUUCAGAAAUAGGCAAUGACUUCAAGAUUUUGAAAAACAUA